AUGGAGCCCCCUCAACACAGCUGGACUGAAUACCACUCGAGUAUCCAACUAAGUGUUAAACACCAUAUUUUUCCCAGCCCUCAUUUCCUACUCCUGAACCCUCUCAACCUCUUUGGUGACUGAUAUAAGAAAUAAAGAUACAAAACCAUCGUUUUACGUUAAGGAAACGAAAUGGAAAGUGUGGAAGCCCUUCAAGCGCGCAUAAAACAACUUGAACUCGAGCUCUCCCAUGAAAAAUUGAAAAAUAUCGUCCCUGUGCGUGAAAAGAUCCAGGAGCUGUCCAGUGAGGUAGUGGAGACGAACCCUUACAGUCGCCUGAUGGCAUUAAAACGGAUGGGAAUUGUAGAUGACUACGAAAAAAUCCGCGCUCUCACAGUGGCAAUUGUUGGGGUGGGUGGAGUUGGGAGCGUGACAGCGGAGAUGUUCACUCGUUGCGGCAUUGGAAAACUCGUUCUCUUUGAUUACGACCGGGUCGAGCUUGCCAACAUGAACAGACUGUUCUUUCAGCCUCACCAAGUAGGCCUUAGCAAAGUCGCCGCAGCUGCAAAAACACUAGGAUCAAUAAACCCAGACGUGCAGAUUGAUACUCACAAUUACAAUAUCACGACUGUCGCCCAUUUCGAGGAGUUCAUGAAUACAAUUCAUACCUCAAGCUUAACUGGAACGCCAGUGGACCUCGUUCUGAGCUGUGUAGACAAUUUCGAAGCCAGAAUGGCGAUAAACACAGCGUGUAAUGAACUCAAUCUCAAAUGGUUUGAGAGUGGAGUAUCAGAGAAUGCAGUAUCAGGCCACAUUCAAUUCAUUAUACCUGGGGAAACUGCUUGUUUUGCCUGCGUUCCACCUCUCGUCGUGGCCUCAAACAUCGAUGAGAAGACAUUGAAAAGAGAAGGAGUUUGCGCUGCUUCUUUGCCAACGACAAUGGGAAUCGUCGCUGGAUUCUUAGCUCAAAAUGCAUUAAAGUAUCUCUUGAAUUUUGGGAACACUUCAUUUUAUCUUGGGUACAAUGCCAUGCUGGACUUCUUCCCUUCGAUGAUCCUGAAGCCCAAUCCAAAUUGCGAGGAGAAGUUCUGCCGUCAGAGACAGAAGGAGUUUUCCUUCGUUCCUAAAAAACUUACCGCCAAAGAAUUGGAUGAGGAUCCAGUUCAUGAGGACAAUGAGUGGGGAAUAUCUCUACUUGGCGAUGAUAAAGGGGAGGUGGAAGAGAUACAAGGGAAUUUGUGCUCUGGUGUUAGGCAGGCGUAUACGGUGCCCAGCAUGGCAAAGGAGGAAGGGGGACUAGCAGUUGUUCAUGAUAAUGGACCUAGUUUGGAGCAGCUAAUGACUGAACUAAAAAAUGUGACUUUCAAUUAAAAUAAUUUACAUCUUCGUCAUAUGAAGACUAUCUUUAUGUAUACGGGACACUACUUUUCUGUAUAUGGGAGAAUAAAUUACGAUUUUCAUUAAA